CUGCAAAGCCACCAAUAGUCUUCAAAAUGGCGUCGGAGGAAUGGCAGCAGUGUGCGAACUGGCUAGUUCGUUGUAAAAUACUGCCAGAGGAUCAUCGAGCAACACUUCCAGAUGCGGAGAUAUUUGACCUAGCACAAGCUUUGAGAGACGGUGUUUUAAUAUGUCAUUUACUUAAUAAUUUAAAGCCUGCAUGUGUGGACGUCAAGGAUUUUAGCCCUCGCCCGCAACUAUCUCAGUUUUUAUGCCUGAAGAACAUCCGCACUUUCCUACAGACAUGUAAAAAGGUGUUUGGUCUGCGGGAUGCAGACCUCUUUGAACCUCCGGACCUCUUUGAUGUCAAAGACUUCCGUAAGGUUUUGAUGACUCUGUCUCAUCUGUCAAAAACUGAUAUUGCCCAAAGUCGAUAUAGCGGUUUCCCACCAAACCACAGAACACAUCGUGCUCCUCCCCUUCCUGUGGAAGAUGACGACGAUGAGGAUAUCUACGGUAACCUGCCGCGGAUGGCACUUGAAAAUGAUCUAGACGAUAAUGAAGAAAUUUAUGACAAAGUUUAUCAAGAUGACGAUGAAGAAAUAUAUGAGGACUUGUGCGCUCGGAGACACAAACGAGGCUCACAUCCUGUAACUCCAUCAGAGUUACCUCCUCCAGUCACAAAACUAGACUACUGUGUGAAGGAAAUCCACGACACAGAGAAAAACUACGCAGAUGCUUUGACGAUGUUAGUGCAGCACUUUAUAAAGCCGUUAAGGGAUGUGAUACCUGCUGGGGACCGUGACGUAAUAUUUGCACACAUAGAGAAAUUAUUAGAGAUUCAUAAAAGCCUGCUGGUUGAGCUACAGUUAGCCUGUCGGCAAGCAUUUUCUACCACUGCCGGUUCGGCAAGCCAUAUUGCAGAGGUCUUCAUCAAAUGGAAGUCAAAACUCCUCAUAUAUGGUGACUACUGUUCAAACCUACCGAAGGCACAAGAAAAAAUAGAUGAAAUUCUUAAGCGAAAUGAAACAAUGAUUAAAGCACAAAUAGAGACCUGUGAAAAACGUGCAAAUGAGGGCAAAUUUAAACUACGUGAUCUAUUACAUGUUCCUAUGCAGCGUGUCUUGAAAUAUCAUCUCCUUCUCAGGGAGCUGAUGCGACAGACAAGCAAGAAUUCAGAAGACAUCCGGACACUUGAGGCUGGCCUUGAGGCUAUGAUGGAUUUGUCGCUGUAUGUGAAUGAAGUGAAAAGGGACAACGAAACUCUCCUUCUGAUAUCAGAGAUUCAGAAUAGUAUUGGUGACUUACAAAUGCCGGCCAAUACCUCACUCAAGGAUUACGGCAGAUUACAGAAGGAUGGCGAGCUGAAAGUGAGAAACCACCAAGACAACAAAAUGAAAACCAGAUAUAUUUUCCUGUUUGAUAAAGUCAUGCUCAUGUGCAAAUCAAAGAUGGUGGAUAAAUUUUUGUGGGGGGAGACAUAUAAUUACAAAGAAGCCAUCAUUCUGGCCACUUUCAAGGUAGACGACAGUCUGUUGACAAAAGAAACACAGUUGAAGCGAGGGGACAAGUGGAAUUGUCCAUUUAUUAUGGUAAAGAAAGAAAACAAAUCAGCAUAUACAUUCUAUGCUAAAACAGAAGAUAUGCGGUUAAAAUGGAUAGACGCCAUCAAAUUAGCAUUAGAAAACACACAACCACCAGACCACCCAAACUUCGUGAUGCAUACGUUUGACAAGCCCACAGAAUGUUAUGUGUGUUCAAAACUUUUACGAGGUGUGUUUUUCCAGGGGUAUUUGUGCCAAGAAAAGAAGCAUGGUGUUCACAAAGAGUGUAUAGGAAAGGAAAGAGAAAGGGGAGCCGGGGCUUCAGUACCGCCGAUUCCUCCUCGAGUUGUUGAACCAACAGAGUCUCGGAGACUCAGCAGAGUGAAGGCCCUGUGUGAUUAUAUAGGACAGCCUGCACCUGGGGCGGGGAGAAAUGUCCUGUCAUUCCGCAAGAAUAUGCUUAUAGAUAUUAUCAACUGUACAGACCCCCAGUGGUGGAAGGGCAAGAUAGAGAUUGUCGAGGGCUGGUUCCCCCAACAUUUAGUGAAAGAAGAAAAGCUCAUACGGAAGGAUUCCUAUGUGGAUGUCCAGAUUAAUGAGAAUGGACGUGUAACAUCACCCCCACAGCCCCACACCCACGGGGGCGAGGGCUACGUCAACAUAGAGGACAGGGGUCUCACAACGUACAAAUGGUUUGUGGGUAAUAUGCAGAGGGAUGCGGCAAUAGAUCGACUGAAGGGACUACAAAACGGCACCUUCCUCAUACGAGUCAGUGAGAACCCAGGCCGUAAGGGGGAGCUCUCCUUGAGCAUCAAAUAUGAUAACCAAGUACGCCAUAUCCGAGUGGAACGCAAUGCUGAAAAUCACUUUUUCUUGGCGGAUACCAACUUCUUUAAGUCCUUGCCUGACUUGGUGGAAUACUAUCAACAUAACUCGCUCAAAGACAGCUUCCCUGGUGUUGAUACCACUCUUGUCUAUCCUUUCAAGACACAGAUAGGCGGGGCUACUGGACCAGGUACGCGUUGUCUUGGUUAUGCAGUAGCAGUAUAUGAUUAUGCUGCCACUGCUACUACACAGUUGUCUCUGUGUCGUGGGGACAGAGUGGCCAUAUACAGUAAAACAGGAAGUGACAAGGGCUGGUGGAAGGGAGAGCACUGUUCCUCAAACAAAGUCGGCUACUUCCCCCUCGCAUACGUUAGAGAAGAGGAAGAAGAAUGAUGGGGAAUUCAACUUUCAAAGGUCACAGGAAAUGUAGCACCACCUGGUGUUGGAAUGAAGACGCUGUUGUUCAGGGGUGAUAAUCAGUGGGGAAAUUCACACCACCCAUGUAAUGGGUCAUCUGCUUAUGUAUUGUGUGAUAAUUUGGAUUAAUAUCCCAUUAUUUAUAAUAUUCAUCUUAGAUAACCACCUUACUAUCAGUCUAUAUGGAGGAUUCCAGUUGGAGGUUAUCAUAGCUCAAAGCUAUGUAAACUCAUGUGUUUGAUGAUGUUCAUAUGCAGACACUUGUUACAGACUACUCAGUGUGGGACAACAUCCAUAUACUUUGUGAUUCACCUGAAGUGACACACAGUGUCAGACACUGUAUGACAUGUAGGACAGUACAGACAAUACGUGACAUAUCACACAAAUUGUGUGUCAGUGUACAGACUAUGUGGGACAUGAAACAGUGGGACACAGUACACGUCACCAAGGUUACUGGGGGUGUGACAUAGUACACAUGUCAUCAUGGUUACAAAAGAACAAAUUACACAUGUUGAUAUGUCACCAUGGUUAUGGAAAUUGUGAUAUUGUACACAAGUUUGUAUGUCACCAAGGUUACAGAAGAUGUGACAUUGCACAUGUUACCUAGGUUACAGGAGGUGUAACUAACUACACAUCUUACCCAGGUUGAGGGAGGUGUGACAUAGUACACAUGUCAGCAGGGUUACAGGAAGUGUGACAUGUACUGUGAUAUCAAGAUGUGUCCAGGACUGACAGCAAUAAUAGACAAAAACAGACCUUUAACUACUUAUGGAAGGACCUUGUUGAACAUUGACCUUACAUGUGUGAACUUAUAUGCUCUAAUAAAAUUUUGCUAGCCUGCAGAUAUAUUUCAGCAUCAACACUCCCUCCCAUCCAAUCAGUCUUUUCCUUCAUUUCUAAAUAUACUCCAUAUUUAAGGUCGCCUGGUAGAUGGUGAUAUCUACUACUUUGAGUAAUCGGACAGGAAAUGAUGUUCUGUUCAUAGGCAGUGUAGCAGUCAGUGUCAUAAUCAUUUUGUGUAUAUUUCUGUUACAAGACAAAAUUAUGUGGCAGAAUAUUUCAAUAUUUUCACUGGUGCUAAGUAUUGGUAUUCUGUCGUACCUGUGAUGUGUAAAGGCUGUGUGUAGGAUUCUGUUAAUGCUUCAUGGUAAAUCCAUUGUUUACAAUCUACAACAGACCUUGUAAAUAAUACCAAUCACAUCAUCUAAUCCAGUCACAAAUAAGUGGAAUAAACAGUGCUAAACAGUGAUGACAUAUCUCAGAUGUCCUAUAUAUAUAUAUAGAUAUUUGUAAUUAUAUAUGUGUGUGUGGGCAGUGUAUAUAUAUAUGCUAUCAUAUACGUGCAAACAUAACUGAUCCUUUUUGUGCUAGGUAUAUAGACCUAAAGUACACAGAAUGAUCACAGAUAUCUAGUUGAACUAGCAGUUCGUGUAUAUGCUAUUUCUGCCAUUGUAUUACUAGAGAAGGGGUCAUGUUACAUUUUACAGAAGUCAUGAGAUAAAUUGUAUAAUCUGUGUUCGUAAAAUAAAGCUCAUCGUGUUUAGGAACAGGAACAUUAUUAAAACAGCACCAUUUAGUGGUGUAAAUGUUAACAGAAUUAUCGAAAUAUAUCACAACCUUAAAGAAAUAUAUCACAACCUUAAAGAAAAAUAUGUUGUAUUGAGUGAAUUCUACAGUACAUAAAGAUGAGUGGAAUAUUCGGUUUAUUACACAAAUUAGCUUCACGGGAAAAUAAGUUAAACCCUUAUAUUGUUGUGUAAGACCAGAGCCACGUUCGAUUUGCACUCUUCUCAUUCUAGAAUAUAUCUUCCGGUCACUCGAUUUGAAGCUCUUCUGCUUCUGGAAGAUCUUCUACCUCUUCCGUCUCGAAGCUGGAAGAUUUAUCUUCCAAGAUGGCGGCGACCAUGUUUUAAGUGUGCGAGUGACGAGUUUCACUAGAGAAGGAUUUAUGACACAUACAUGCACAUGUUUGUGUCAUCGUGUUUGAGAAAACUUAAAAACUUGCUUACCCGGGUAUUUUUUGUUUUAUUCUCCCGGUUUACUCGAUUUACAUAUAACGGAAUACGAUCUUCUUAGAAGGCUUCUCUUCUUAGAAGAGUGCAAAUCGAACGGGGCUCUGGGAAUAUUGGAUUUUUAUCAAGGGCAUCAUAAUGGCAUUACUACAGGUAUAACAUACAAUAUUUAUGACAUGGACAUAUUAUAUAGGAGAGUAGGCCUAUUAUGGUACCGUAUUUUACUGGGUUAGUGCAGAGGGCUAGUGCAUUGAAAAUGGGCAAAAGUGUGGGGUGGGUUUAUCCCCAGAUAAGACCCUAUGUAAGUGGGAAAUUUUGGCAGCCAUCAUUGAUUAUAAUAUAUGAUGGAAGAGAAUAGUUCAACAUGUUAUUAUUUAAGAUGUACACAAUGUCCGAUGAUAUGGAAUUAAUAUAAUGAUUUACAAAUUAUUGACUGCAACCCACAUUUUCAAUAACUUCAUGAAAAUCUAUGCUAUUAAUUGAUUGAUAAUUAUGUAUGACUGACAGUUAUUGUCUGACAAAAAUAUUGCAGUAAUUAAAAAGAUUUCAACUGAAUUUAUAAUGAAAGAAAUAAUGGAAAUAUAAACUUUUAUAUUUUAUUUUGCCUUCCACAAAGUUUUAUUAGCACUUUCUUACAUUGUAAUAUUUUGUAUGCUGUAUCAUCGUAAAUUUUAUAAGCUAUGUACUCUUUGCAGGACAAUGAUCAUUUCAGCCAUGUUAUUAAGAAGCCUUGGAAAACUGGGAUAAUAUGUACAACAAUAUCAUGAACAUGGUUACUGCUAUAAGUAACAGUAGUAUGUACCUGUCAUAACAAUAUCAUGUACAUGGUUAUAGUAUGUACCUGUCAUAACAAUAUCAUGUACAUGGUUACUGCUAUAAGUAACAGUAGUAUGUACCUGUCAUAACAAUAUCAUGUACAUGGUUAUAGUAUGUACCUGUCAUAACAAUAUCAUGUACAUGGUUACUGCUAUAGUAACAGUAGUAUGUACCUGUCAUAACAAUAUCAGGUACAUGGUUAUAGUAUGUACCUGUCAUAACAAUAUCAUGUACCUGCUAUAUAAUGUUAUAGAGUGUGAUUCUGAGGGACUGGUUUCUGAUGCAUAAUAUUAUGUACAGUAUCGCUAUCCAGAUAUAUUUUGUUUUGUCAUAUCAUUAAACAGCAAAACCUGCUAACAGUGAACCUCUUCAAAACCAUAAAACUAGUGACAAUAUGAGAUUAUACCUGUAUGUGACAAACAAGCUAGUUACUGUUUACUUAAUAAGCAAGCAUUCCUAGGUGAACAAUGUUGACGGAACAAAGGGAUUCACUAAAGUUCACUGUAGGUAUUAUUUGCUGUUACAUUGUAUUAUAGUGUAACACAUUGUUCUCUAUUAUUACAUUAAAUACAAUCUUCAACUACAAUAA